AUCUUUCACCAAUAAACUUAAUAAUUGGUAGUUGUUAUCCUUUAGAAUAAUUAAUUUCAUAAGACAGCUGUUUGGUAAGAUGUACAAGUAGAUUUACUUUCACACACAGUAAAGCCAGUUAACUCCCUGCCUAGUGGAAGCAAGAGGCAAGGGUGGGGUAGAGUAUCAGAAUUAUUUGGCAAGGUUUUUCAUGCUGCACAUAGAGCCCCGCCUCCUUAAAUCAUUUCCAAGUGACCUACCAUCACCACUGGGACUGGAUCAUCGCUCUUUGGUGCUGGGGGAGAAAGAUGACAGGUCUACUGACUGAAGCAUUUGAGUCUUUUUCCGGUAACUCGGACGUAGUAAGUGCUUUGAGCCAAAGCCUGGAAGUCUGUCCUGCCUGCUUCUGUAAUCUGGCGCUAUGCAUCCAGAUCCUCGGCCCUUACAGACACUGCUGUAUGUUGUUACUCUUGCGAUUCUGUGUCCUUCCGUGAAUUCAGACUUGGCACCAUCUUUUAUUUCUGAGCCACUGUCCGCUGUCCAGAGACUUGGUGGACCCGUAGUACUCCAUUGUUCUGCUAAGCCUGUGACCGCUCGUAUCUCAUGGUUGCAUAAUGGAAAAAGACUGGAUAGAAACAUGGAACAGAUUAAGAUGCAACAGGGGACUUUGACUAUUCUGUCCCUUAAUCCCUCCCUUUCGGGUUCCUACCAGUGCGUUGCCAACAAUAGCAUCGGAGCAAUUGUGAGCAGCCCUGCAACAGUAUCUACUGCUGUUCUUGGUGAUUUUGGUUCACCAACAAAGCAGGUUAUUACAGCGGAAGAAAAGAGUGCCGGUUUCAUUGGCUGCAAAGUACCAGAUAGUAACCCCAAGGCUGAGGUGCGCUAUAAAAUCCGGGGAAAGUGGCUGAAACAUUCCACAGAGAAGUACUUAAUCCUUCCAUCAGGGAAUCUUCAGAUUCUGAAUGUAUCUUCAGAGGACAAGGGAUCAUAUAAGUGUGCAGCUUUUAAUCCUGUCACUCAUGAAUUAAAAGUUGAACCCAUUGGCCGAAAGCUUCUUGUCAGUCGCCCUUCUUCCGACGAUUUUCACAUUCUUCACCCCACCUUUUCACAGGCACUAGCUGUGCUUUCUCAUAGCCCCGUCACCCUGGAGUGUGUGGUGAGUGGGGUCCCAGUUUCUCAAGUGCACUGGCUGAAGGACGGUCAGGACGCUGUGCCGGGAAGCAACUGGCGAAGGUUGCAUUCCCAUCUUGCCACAGACAGCAUUGACCCGGUGGACUCUGGAAACUAUUCUUGUAUAGUGGGAAACAAGUCUGGAGACGUAAAACAUGUGACUUACGUGGUUAAUGUGCUUGAAAAUGCUUCAAUUUCUAAAGGACUACAGGAUCAGACAGUCUCUCUGGGUGCCACAGUACAAUUUACUUGUGAGAUUCAUGGGAACCCAACUCCAAACCGUACCUGGUUUCAUAACGCACAACCUGUUCAUCCUUCCCCACGACAUCUAACUGUAGGAAACAGACUGAAAAUCAGUGGUGUUACCAUGGAAGAUUCUGGGCUGUAUCAGUGUGUAGCAGAUAAUGGGAUUGGAUUCAUACAGUCUACUGGGAGACUUGAAAUUGAAAAAGGCAGUGGACUCAAGCCAGUUAUAAUUACAGCACCAGCAAGUACAAAGGUGGUAGAUGGAGACUUUGUUACUCUGUCCUGCAAUGCCACUGGCGUGCCGGUCCCGGUCAUGCGUUGGUAUGACAGGCACGGGUUGAUAACCAGCCAUCCGUCUCAAGUGCUCAGAUCAAAAUCCCGGAAAUCACACUUACGACCUGGGGGCUAUGACCUGGAGCCUGUCUACUUCAUCAUGUCCCGAGCUGGCUCAAGCUCUCUGCAUAUUCAGGCCGUCACUCAGGAGCAUGCUGGGAAAUACAUCUGCGAAGCUGCAAAUGAACAUGGUGCCACACAGUCGGAGGCAGUCCUCACAGUUGUUCCUUUUGAAACAAAUACAAAAGCAGAAACAGUUACACCUUCCAAUCCCACUCAGAAUGAUAAAAGAGAUGGUUCAGAAGCUGGAUUAUUGAGCUCAUUUCCAGGGAAGAGACACUCCAGCGCAGUGGAAUCAUCGCCAGAGAAAAACACUAGUGGUGCCUCUGUCCCUGAUGCCCCCAUCAUUCUGAGCCCUCCGCAGACCUACACAUCUGAUACGUACAACCUGGUCUGGAGGGCGGGGAAGGAUGGCGGGCUGCCCAUCAAUGCCUAUUUUGUGAAGUAUCGAAAGCUAGAUGACGGCGUUGGCCUGGUGGGAAGCUGGCACACAGUUCGAGUCCCGGGAAGUGAGAAUGAGCUCCAUCUGACAGAACUGGAGCCAUCUAGUCUCUAUGAAGUUUUGAUGGUGGCAAGAAACGCAGCAGGUGAAGGGCAGCCCGCCAUGCUUACCUUCCGAACCAGCAAAGAGAAAACAACCUCAUCAAAAAACACCCAGGCGUCCUCUCCACCCAUGGGCAUCCCUAGGCGUCCUGUUGUUUCGGAGGCUGUGGACAACUUUGGGGUGGUACUUACAGAUUCCUCUAGGCAUAGUGGAGUUCCAGAGGCACCUGAUCGGCCUACCAUCUCUACGGCAUCAGAGACGUCCGUCUAUGUCACUUGGAUUCCUCGGGCCAAUGGGGGUUCUCCAAUCACUGCCUUCAAGGUCGAGUACAAACGGAUGAGGACUAGUGAUUGGCUGGUGGCAGCUGAAGAUAUCCCUCCUUCCAAACUUUCUGUGGAAGUUCGUAGCUUAGAGCCAGGUUCAACAUACAAAUUUAGGGUUAUUGCCAUCAACCAUUAUGGUGAGAGUUUUCGGAGUUCGGCAUCUCGUCCUUAUCAGGUGGCUGGGUUCCCCAAUCGUUUCUCUAACCGUCCAAUAACUGGACCCCACAUUGCAUACACUGAAGCUGUCAGUGAUACGCAGAUCAUGCUGAAGUGGACGUACAUUCCAUCAAGUAACAAUAAUACUCCCAUUCAAGGAUUUUAUAUCUACUACCGGCCAACAGAUAGUGACAAUGACAGUGAUUACAAGAGGGAUGUUGUAGAAGGUUCAAAGCAGUGGCACAUGAUUGGCCAUCUGCAGCCAGAAACCUCCUACGAUAUUAAAAUGCAGUGCUUCAACGAAGGGGGAGAAAGCGAGUUUAGUAACGUGAUGAUCUGUGAAACUAAAGUGAAACGUGUUCCUGGAGCUUCUGAGUAUCCUGUCAAAGACUUGAGUACCCCUCCAAAUUCCCCAGGAGGUGGACGAAACGUUGGGCCUGCAACCAGCCCCACCAGAAGCAGCGAUAUGUUGUAUCUGAUAGUUGGCUGCGUGCUGGGUGUCAUGGUCCUCAUUCUCAUGGCUUUCAUCGCCAUGUGCCUGUGGAAGAACCGCCAGCAAAGCACCAUACAGAAAUAUGACCCUCCAGGAUAUCUCUACCAAGGAUCAGAUAUUAAUGGACAGAUGGUGGAAUACACUACUCUGCCUGGCACAAAUCGGAUAAAUGGGAAUGUUCAUGGAAGCUUCAUAAGUAAUGGAGGUCUCAGCAAUGGCUGCUCCCAUGUUCACCAUAAGAUCUCUAAUGGAGUCAAUGGAGUCAUGAAUGGGAACUUGAAUGGAGGGCUUUACGCGGGACACACAAGCUCACUAACCAGGACACAUGUGGAUUUUGAACAUCCUCGUCACCUAGUAAAUGGUGGUGGGAGGUACACAGCAGUACCUCAGACGGACCCGCUGGAGCGCGUUAGCUGUCGAAAUUGUCGGAACAACAAUAGGUGUUUCACCAAAACCAGCAGCACUUUCAGCAGCAGCCCCCUUCCUGUGGUCCCAGUGGUAGCACCUUAUCCUCACGAUGGCUUGGAAAUGAAGCCCCUCAGUCACAUGAAGGUGCCCGUAUGUCUGGCUUCCACAGCCCCCGACUGUAGCCAGUCACCUGAGGAGAGCUUCAAAGAUGGCACGGCACCAAGACCUGCUCAGCAUACUUGCUGUCAGGACAAGAGAAAUGACAUCGACAUUGAGUGCACAGAAGAUACAGCAGAGUUCAGCAGAGGAGACAGCUGUGUCCAUUCAGAAACAGAGAACAAAAUUUUAAGUUGGAAUCCUCUUAUUUUGCCACAUGGGUCAAAGGACUGUACUGAAAAGACAGCGUGGUCUCCUCCCGGCAUUCCUCUAGACAGCCCUUCAGGGGUCCUUCAGCAACCCCAAGAAACCUGAGGAUGUGCAUACGACUGGUCAUGCUCCCACUUCAAGCCAUCACCUGCACAAAACAGGCCUGGGGAUGGACUGCGUGAAGGACAUUCAUUCAAAUCAGAGAAAAUCGUUAUUUAUUUUUUGUAGUAGUAAGGUCACAUGAAUGUAUCUUAAAUUGUGUGCCCUUUUUUAUUAUUUAUGCCUUAACAAUUCCUAUUCCUCCCUCCCCCUCAGUAGGAAACCUAGUUUUGCGUAGUUUUCAAUCAUCUGAGAGCAGUGGUAUCAUUCCAUGUUUCCGAGAACCUCAGUGACCAGAAGAGCUCCUCCUGCAAGGAUCCAGCCUCUUGGCCGAUACGGCUCGAGAGGGAACUGAUCUGGCUGUUCGAAGUUUUCAGAUGGAAAGCUGGCUUUUGAUACUAUGUUUAUUAUUAUUGAGAACAUUUGGAAUCACCCUCAGCUGUCACCUAGUGUUUAUAAUAGCAGGUCUCUUUUGAAUUUUAGGAGUGCCUUCCACAGAAGUGAUAGGGGACCUGUUGACUGUCUGCACAUGGGCACAAGUUAUGUUCCGUUUUCUAGACACUAGUCACAAAGUGUCAUGAACAUGGUUUGAGGUUAAGGUCUGUGGGGUUAUUGCAUUUUGCAGAGAGGGAACCAGGGCCAGAGAGAAGAAUGAAUGUCCUCAGGUCCCACUACCUUAAAAUUGGAUUGGUUUAUAAAAUCAUCACUGUGGGGCUCUUUUUGACUGUUCUGAGAGUAGGAACAACAUAAGUUUAAAGUGGCGACUUGAAAAGAAAGACCCACAUUGUGCUCCCGGUGUCAUGCCACCCGAAAAUUAUUAUUUUCCAGCUUCCAACAUGGGCAAUGCUUGGAAGACUUGAAUGUCAGAAAAGAUUUAAUUUGGAGGGAAAGGGGUAUGGUCUGAAAUUUCCUGACUUUUUUCAGAAUGUCGUCAUUGUAAACAGGCACCUGAAGCUUCGGUUAGCAGAGCUCAUAAAUCACAGUUACUGCUCCCUCUGAGUGACGAGGACAUUUGCAGCUGCCUUUGGAAGGCUUUUCUUCUCCACAUCUAAAAAAAAGAAAGAAAAGCUCACAAAAAAACACUACUACUAUUUAAUAGCUAUUUUAAUAGCUUUUGAGUCAAGCUUUAAUGGAUCACUGCUUAUUUUUGGAUUGUGCAUCCCUUGGGGGGAAAAAAAAACAAAAUGAUUCUCUUUAUGUAGAGUCAAACAGUUUCAGCAUAAAUGAAAAAAGCUUCUUUCCCAAAAAUUGCAGUGAAAUAGACUAGAAUACUAUGUUAAUCAACUGUUUAUGUAAAUGCAUCAAUAUUCCCUUACAUAUGUCUAUAUAUUUUAUAAAUAGAGCUGUUAGCGAAAUACGCUGUUUGAGCUGGGUCACUAUGCGAGAAUGUCUUCGAGUGGAAUGUAGUGAAUAUAAUUUCAGGGUCCGGUAUUAGGGGUGCUGUGUAGAAUCAAAUUCUGCAUUCCAGAUGUCCAUACCUAUAGUAUGCUGGAUUUAUGCUUCAUGUGGUGUAGAUACACUUGGCGUUGGAGGGGGAUAUCUGCAUCCCUUCUGUGAUUAGCAAAGGACGGAGUCCUAGUGCACAGAAUAUGAAAACAUGCCCUGUGUUUGCCAACCAACUCACAGCCAUGCGGUCACAAAGGGAGUUUGAGAAAACUGGGAGUAAAUGUUCGUAGGCAGUCAUUUUGAUUCAGGAAACAGAGGUAUAUUAGCAUGAGCCUUAGGUCAUAAACUGCUUUUAAAGAUUGAGUUUGAAUAUGGGAUUUGUCCACCCGGUAGAGGAGACAACUUUUACCUUUAGGGCAAACUCAUUGUGGACUGCUUUAUUUAUAUUAUUAGUAACGCUGUUUUAAGUGUUAUCCCUUUUAUUGUAUUUUAUUUAUAAAAAAAUGCCUUUAUAUAUUGAGACAUAAAUAUAAAUAUAAAUAUAUAAAUAUAUAUAUA